UUAGCAGUCACUGGUGCCUCUCUAGCAAUCAAGUUAAUGUGCAUGCUGGUUGGAGAAAAAUUUUUAAGAAUAGGAACAUAUAUAAAUAAUGUAAUCACUGUUGUUAGCCAGUUUUCUUGUAACUGAAGACAAAUCAACUUAUUAAUGCAUGCAUGCAUCAUGGGUUUCACUCCAAAUAUCAUUAUUGUCAUCAGUUAAGUGCUUUUCUGUACUUGUUGAUGGAGUCAGCAGCUACCUUGAGAGAAUGUAACAUUUCCAUUUUUUUAAUUUGAUGCAACAGGAGCUGGGGGAACCUCCCAUCCCCCUUCCCUCUGCACUUUCUCUCUUCCCUCCCUUUCAUUGUCAGUGCAGGUCCAGAGCUCUUGGACUUCUCUGUGUCUGACUUUUAGAGAAAACAGAGCCACUCGUGUCAUUUAGACAGAGCCAUAUUCGUAUAGUUGCAUCCAAAACCUCCUGAAUAAUAAGGAAUGAAUCAGCAUCCUAAUAUUGGACUUUUUCCAUCUGUAGCAAGGAAAAGAAGACUCGAUACAUUCUAAGUACACGAGAUAAGGAUUUGGGAUUUUCCUCCCUAUCAAAUUUUAAAAAUUUAAAAAACUUUUAUUUCUGGCUCAAACGGACAUGAGACCAUAAAGAAGACUUUUUAGGACCUAACUUGGUGCACAUGAUUUUACCAAGAAUGCAAUUUUUCUCAGUUUUAUGUUGGUAAUUCUGCGUUUUAUCCUGCCGUUUUCUUGUGGAAAUUUUUUCAGGACCUUUCUCUCCCGGUUACUCGCUGGAUCUGACUCUGUUGCUUUAUUACUGAGUUGAGCGGGCAAAAUUUGUCACAAGGAACUGUUGUUCACGCAGGCUUUCAUUACAGUUUAUUUUGGAACUGGAAGACUAUUUCUGACAUUGGCUGCAGGUCACAGUGUGCUACUACAAUAACAACAUGGGGAUUGUAUUUUGGAUGUUUUCUCUUCUGGCUCUUCCAGUACUUCAGUCUGCCAAGAUCCUGACUGUCUGUCUAAUUGGAGGAAGCCACUACUUGUUAUUAGAUGAAAUUUCUCAUAACUUACACCAGCGUGGCCAUGAGGUCCGCAUGCUCUUGCAACUGGGCAACCCUAUUAUCACAGGUUUCUCUUAUGAAGGCCGUGCAGACAGUUACCAGACGAGCUCCUGGUCCUUAGGAGAGAAAUAUAUCAAAGAAUACAAUGGCUGGUUCCUGGAGCAACAAACACAGUUUUUACUGGGAAGGGAUAACUUUAGUAACUUUUUAAAUUUCAUGGGGCACCUGUCCUAUCAGUGUGACAAGCUCUUAGGGGAUAAAGACAUCAUAACUUUCCUCCAGAAGCAACACUUCGACAUCACCAUCCUUGAUGCUUUUAACCCCUGUUCCUUCAUCCUGGCACACAGACUUGGUCUCCACUACGUAGCUUUCUAUCCUGGCACUCUGAAUGGUCCUCUGUCCAUCGCCCUUCCCAGCCCACUCUCCUACAUCCCAGUCUUCAGCUCCCAGCUGUCCGACCACAUGAACGUCUGGGGUCGUGUGAAGAACCUCUUUUAUUCUUUUCUUGCUCCAGUAGGCCAGGAACUUAUAUGGUCAACAUUUAGGGACGUAGCUGAACGCUACCUUGAGUCAGGCUCAACCCCUGGUGGUCUGGAGGAGCUAUACCAAGGAGCUGAACUCUGGGCCUUCAACACUGACUUUUCACUGGAGUUCCCACAGCCUCUUAUGCCCUACACUGUGCUGGUGGGAGGUCUACUGAAUAAACCUGCAAAGCCUCUUGAACAGGAUCUUGAGUUGUGGAUCUCCAGUAUUGGAGAAGCAGGUUUCAUUGUUGUGACUCUGGGAUCAAUGGUCUCUUCUGUCUCUGUGGACCCACUGCUUGUGGAGCUGGUGGCUGGCUUCUCCAGGAUUCCUCAGGGGGUGAUCUGGAGGUAUGACCCCAAGCGAUGGCCAUCUCACCUGAACAGACCUCCCAAUCUCAGGCUAGUGGACUGGCUGCCUCUCAAUGACCUGCUGGGCCACAAACAAGUACGUCUCUUUAUCACCCAUGGUGGACAAAACAGCCUGCUCCAGGCAGUGUACCACGCUGUUCCUGUGCUGGGAAUCCCUCUGUUUGGGGACCAGUUUGAUAAUGUGGUAAGGGCUGAAACAAAGGGACUUGGCCUCAUCAUCAGCCCCACACACAUCACCAGGGAACUGCUCAGUUCCACUAUUCAAACACUGAUUCAGGACACCAGGUUCAAGUCUUCAGCUUUAUCCCUUAGUAAGAUCCACAAAUCCCAUCCUGUCCCUCCAGCCCUUCGACUCAUCCAGUGGGUGGAGCACGUCCUGCACAGUGGAGGUGGUGCUCAUUUAAGGCCAGCUUCACUGACACAACCAUGGUACCAGAGAUACCUGCUGGACCUGGUGCUUCUUCUCUCCCUGGGCCUUUUUGGUCCUGUAGUUCUCUGCUGGACUUUCUGUAGAAACAAGAAUAGCAGGUAUAAACACAAAAAAAUACAAUAGCAGUACUAAGUGUUUCCUUACAGAUACUUCAGAUUUAUACCUCACUUCUGUGUCACUUGUUUAUCUUGGAUUUAUUGUAUACUGUACAUGAGAACUUUUUUAAAAUGACCCUUACUGCCCUAAAAUACAGCUCAAUAAAUAAGCCAUGCUUGUAAUUGAUUCAUACAGUUUACCUUUAAAUACAUUAAACAGCAUAACAGGCUGGUAUGUUGAUGCAGAAGAUAUUUGCUUUGACCAGGCACAGACAUAUUAUGCCUCACGGACAAAAAAUAACUUUAAAAAAAAGGUUUUUUUCCAGAAUUAUCAAAUGGAAAGAUAAAAAGUACAGCAAAAAAAAAAAUAAAUUUAACUUGAAAGUGGUUUCAAUAUUAGUUGUCUUUGAUAGCAUUAACACUGUUGCUCAACUUAGCAUUUCACAGAGUACUUUAUGUACACAGAGGAAUUUCUAGUUUCACAUCAGUGGAAUACCCCUAAUGCCAAGUUUCCUGCCCUCUCCCCUCCCAGCGCCGUCAUGUCUACCAGACAUCUCAUUUGUACUGCAGCGCCACAUUGUCCAACACCUCUGUGCUGUUUUGACCUGGCUGACACACACAUACACCCUAAUUAAGUCAUGCUUUUGUGCUUUUGUGUUGUUGCAUGUUUCAAAAUGGCAGCAAGAUAUGUUAUAGUAGAUAAAUGGAUGUUUUGUGUGCUUUAAUUGUCUAGUUUAGGUACAUAUGUGUAAACAAUAUAUGUUGAGUGUUACACAAUA